AUGGAUCGCGACCACAGCCGACCUGUGCCUCCAUUCUACCGCAACCUUCUAUCCACUGUCGACCUCAUCGAAGCAAGAUCCGCCCUACUUCUUCCGCUAUCGCCAUUGGCUGAUGACGGUAAGCAUUUACAUAACGUCCUCUCAGCCGUCAGGGGUCCAAGGCUCCAGCUCAGUCGACUCAGACUGCAAGACACCCAAUGGAGUAGCCUUUCGGGUCAAGGCCCGUCCAUGCUCUCCCACGUUCCAGCCUGGAAAUCAUCUUUCUGGGCCAGUACGCUUGGGAGCCUCAAGCACCUCGAUCUCUCAUUCCGAGGCAAGGUCAGCAGACAUACGAUCGACAGCGUGAAGCCUCUGCGUCGACUCUUGAAAGGCUGUCCGAAAUUGGAGUCGCUGCAACUAUCGUUCAAUGAAGCUGUUCAGCGGCGCUACGCUCACGAGCAUAGAAUGAUUUCCUGUCUCGGACCUCUUCUUGCUCAAGGCCAUCCCAAGCGUGCUCUGGUGCCUCACCUGAGCAGUCUUGUCCUCAAGAACUCCAUUAGUUCACAGCAAGAUCUUAUACAAUUUCUGUCAAUCCACGCAUCGACUCUACGAAAGCUCAGCCUGUCCAAUAUCUCCUUGCUACGGCAUGAGGACCAGGACCGGAAACCUUGCUGGGUAGCCACCAUGAAAGAUAUCAAGGCCUCACUCUCUCUAACGCAGGUGACAUUUUCGGGUUGGUUCACCAAUGGAGGCCGACAGAAGUGGUACGUAUCGAACAAUGCAGCUAGCAAUCACCGCAUCCGACCGGCAGUACAGCGGUACAUGACCAACAGAAACGAGACUCAUUUUCCUCUUGAACGAGUUGCAGUACAACCUGGCCAUGAAGACGUUGAGAAACCCCCACCAGGGGCGGAAGAGUUCAGAGGCGACUGGACGUGGACUAUGACCUACUCACCUCACAAACCACGACAUGUGCACGAACAGACAUACUCUGGCAACGAGUUCUUCAGCAAAGACGUGUCGCUGGACAGGAGAGAUGACGAGCCACUUUCUAGUAGGUCUGUACGAAGGACUUACGCGCUACUGGCGGAUACGCAACCAGAUGUUUCGACCUUACCUCCCACUGAUGGUAGCUGGCACAGCUACUACCAGCAGCCUCCUUCGAAGAAAGUGAAGUCAGUACACUCUCCUACAAGCCUCCAAAGCCCUUCUAGUCUCUGGUCUAGUUCUCCUGAGGCCUGGGACUCAUCUACGAGCUCUGUAUUCGAUUCAUUGGCCACGACGGCCAGCAAGACUGUAAGCUCGUCGACGUCGAAGGUAUCUGGUACAUACCACAAUUCAGUCCAUACCUCUGUGUAUCCGCCUCACGGCUCGAUGCCCGGCACGAACUCAUGUGUUUGGGGUUGGCCGAAGACUACAGUGACCGAUGGUGAUGCAUGGCUCUCCUUUGGGACAGUGAAUUCGUUCCACGAAGAACCAGCGAGCAGCAACAAGCCCCUCAAAAAGCAGAUCAAGCCGGACUUUGCGACUUCGUCAAACUCGAAAUUAACAUCUACUCCUGGAUGGAAUCUCCCCACGUCUGACUUGCUGUCGAUGGACUUAGCGAAUGGCCUACCUUCUGGUCCCAGUGGCUGGCUAUUGGGUCCCAAGGAUGUUCCCGUGUACGAUGCUUUCGACUUCGGCUUUUCGACGCAGAUGGCCAGCUACAAGGCUCCCGCCAUUCCGGAAUGCAUGCCAGAUCCUACUGAUCAGGGAAGUCUUGUGCCAUCUAGUUACAAUAACGACAUGUCCCCGACGCUGCCUAAAAUUGAUUUCUCUGGGAGUUUUGUCUCAGGAGAGAACCUGGACCACGGUGGCACUGGAAUUUCCAGCAGCGGCAACGGCGGCUGGGGCCCUCCAAGCGCCUUCAAGUUGAAAUCUUGUGCAGAAUUGCAAGCCGAAGCCGAUGCGAUGGAUAUCGGAAAGGGUAAAGGUAAGGCUGUGAUCUGA